GUCUGUUUGCGUGGCCAGGCAACGCCGACCUCACCCAUAUCCGCGACGAGAUUCCGAAGGAAAUUGCAUUUCUACUAUUCGGAAUCCCACUAGGAAAAAAGGGUGAGAAAUAAAGUCGCCGCCUCCAGUUCCGCGCCAGGAAUCUCUGUUGGAAGAGAUGACAAUGAGUCUGGGCCCCUUGUUGUUGGUCUUCAUGCUGGGUCUGAUUUCCAUCCCACCAACUCUGUCCCAGAAUGACCCCAGGUAUAUCACAUUCCUGAACCAGCACUAUGAUGCCCAUCCAACGGGUCGGGACGACAGAUACUGUAACAGUAUAAUGAGAAGGCGAAAGCUGACCUCUCCCUGCAAAGAGCUCAACACCUUUAUUCAUGGCACCAAGGACAACAUCAAGGCCAUCUGUGAAACAAGUGGAACUCCUUACACAAAUAACUUAAGAAAAAGCACCUCUCAAUUCCAGAUCACCAUUUGCAGGCAUAGUGGAGGGUCUCCCCGGCCUCCAUGCCGGUACCGAGCCUCCAGAGGGUUCAGAUACAUCGUUAUUGCCUGUGAAAAUGGCUUACCUGUCCACUUAGACGAGUCCUUUUUCAGUUCAUAGCCAGCAGGCCCCUGGCACAGAGUUGGCUUUUUAUCCCCUCUUACCCCAGAACACUGAUGGCAACAUUCACUGACAGCAGCCAGAAAAUAAACUAUCCAAAACUUA